AUGCUGUGCUGGCCGUGGGCCUCGACAGGAACCCAUGUAGCUUACAGCCGAAAUUACACGCCUGCUUGGAGCUUGAAGCUCCGCGUUGCAGCCGAGUAUGCCCGCGUAAGAUCUAGCUCCUCCAUCGAAGGCCAGCCAAUUCGCUGCUUGAUGUUAUUUGGCUCAGCUGUCCACGUAUGGCUCCAAAUAUGGUGGAAUGAGUCUUCUGCCACGGAAGAAUACGACAUACUGGUAGACCGCCAAUACGUCACGAACGCUACUUCUGAGAUGGUGACGUGGCCGAAGCGUCAGUUCCGGCUAGGCUUCCGAAUCCAGUCUGACGUACGCAUCGAAAGUGUGAGAACUUUUGAAGUUCGACGGUCCAGAUGGCCGAGCUACAGUGGCCCCCAGCGGGAUCGAACACGCGACUUGAUCGAUCCAUUGUUGUUUGGUAAUAUGGCAGGAAUGUCCCGAUCUCGAAACCGGGAGCGACGUCGAGCCCGAUCUAGCAGAGGGGCGGAGACUCAUCAACGAUUCCGCCUGAUAUUCAGCUGAUAGCGGAAAUCUCAUCUGAACGAUGGAGGUGGCGUAACAAGAGAGGAACGAGAGACAGGGAAAGAAGUGAUAGAGCC